UUAAAAUCUUGAAACCAAAAAUUUACAGAUUAACAUCAUCGCCAUCAACAAUGGGAAAUGUUCUAAAGCCUCUCAUAGAAGAUCCUCUCAAAGUCUUCAGCGUCACAGAAUUGAAAAAAGCAACGAAGAACUUCAAAAAAGACAGGGUCGUAAAGGGCGAGGAUGGCUCAGUUCGAACAUUCUACAAGGGCUCCAUUGAUGACACCACAUCAAGAACUAAAACUAGAAUCUCUGUUUCUGUCAUGGAAUGUGUUCAAGAUAGUUUAGAGGCUAUAGAAGCGUGGAAGGAAGAGGUGAAGUCUCUAGGAAAACAUUCUCAUCCAAACUUGGUCAAAUUUUUGGGUUACUGUUGUGAAGAUAAAAAAUCACUAUUGGUGUUUGAAUGCUUGCACAAAGGAACUUUGGAUCAUUACAUUCACGGAAAAAAUGAGGUCUUGUCAUGGGCAACACGGGUUAAGAUAGCCAUUGGGAUAGCACAGGGUGUUGCUUUUCUCCACUCAAUCAACAACUCCUCGCUAUAUUUCGAACUCAGAAUGCAUAACAUUAUGCUUGACGAGGAAUACAAUGCAAAACUGUUUUACCUUGAAACAGACCUAAAAUGUCUGGAAAAUGAAUUGACAGUUGUUAGCGGAAUUGAAUACAUGUCUCCCGAAUGGCUAUGGACAGGCCGUUUUGAAAUGGAUUCCGAUGUUUUCACAUUUGUGAUGCAGAUGGGCACACUCAUCCAAAGAUGCACCGAGGACAGGCAUACACGACCGUCCAUGCAACAAGUUUUGGAUGUUCUGGAUCAUAUUGCGGAGAUUCAUUAGUAUAUAGAUAUGAGUUUAGUUGUUGUUCAAAAAAAACUAUAUAUGAUUUUAGUUUUUCAGUUGUAAACUCUCUUAAAAGAGAUUCGUAGCAUAUGCUAAAAUAUGGUUAACC